GGGGCGGUGGGGUGGAAGAGCCCAGGUCAAGGCGCGCGGGGGCGGAAGCGGCCGCGGCUGCGACGGCGACGGCUGUCAGAGCUGCAGAGUGGCCCGGCGGAGCUGCCAUGGAGCGUCAGCGCUGGCUGCCGCUGGAGGCCAAUCCCGAGGUCACCAACCAGUUUCUCAAACAAUUAGGUCUACAUCCUAACUGGCAAUUUGUUGAUGUGUAUGGAAUGGAUCCUGAACUCCUUAGCAUGGUACCAAGACCAGUGUGUGCAGUAUUACUUCUCUUCCCUAUCACAGAAAAGUAUGAAGUAUUCAGAACAGAAGAGGAGGAAAAAAUAAAAUCUCAGGGACAAGAUGUUACAUCAUCAGUGUAUUUCAUGAAGCAAACAAUCAGCAAUGCCUGCGGAACAAUUGGACUGAUCCAUGCUAUUGCCAACAAUAAAGAGAAGAUGCACUUUGAAUCUGGAUCAGCCUUGAAAAAAUUCCUGGAGGAGUCUGUGUCAAUGAGCCCUGAAGAACGAGCCAGAUACCUGGAGAACUAUGAUGCUAUUCGAGUUACUCAUGAGACCAGUGCCCAUGAAGGUCAGACUGAGUCGUCCUCGCCAUCCUCAUCACAGCCUCAUUCUAGCCACUGCAGAACGAAGGCCUCAUCAUUGUGUCACCAUGCAUCCCUGCCCUGGGUCAAACGUAACCAUGUAGACCCUGCAAAGGCUACCAGUCCAUCUCUCCGUCUUCGUCGCUGGCGACCCUUCUUACGCCUACCAUCUUUGGGUCUCCAUUCUGUUGUAAGUGUAGUCAAUCUUCCAUCUCUUCUUCCAGUGACAAGGACAGUCCUUUUUAUUCCCUUAAACUUCUUCCGUCUUCAAAGUGCUUUCCUCUUGGUUCACUCAACCAUUAGCUUUCUCUCCCCCAAUAAGAUUGCAAACAUACCUCUAUGCUUUGCAGUCUAG